AUCUCAUGUGUGCACUCCACACACCAUUCGAUACAGUGCAAGGGCGACCAUGGAAACCCCGUCGAUCGAUGCCCUAAAACCAUAAACUGUGCAAGAGUGACUUUGAGGAAUGAUAUAAAACAGAAAAGACAAUGGAUUCAACAGUGCCAAAAGAAUGACCUCAAAAACGACGAUGCCUGAAGUGAGUGCCAAGAGACAGAGUGAGGGUCAGUAUGUGUCUUCUCAGUGAGGACGACGAAUGCUCUCAUUUCCCUCCGGUGUGGUUCCUCCGCCCACAGCGUCAUCUACCCCCAAGAUGGUGAUGGCUGACGGGGUGUCGCCGCCUCUGGUGGAGACCUGCGUCCUGCUGCCGGAGGAAUUCGCCCUCAAGGUGGAGACGUCCAGUCCCAGGGUGCCCACGUCUCUCUUGACCCUCCUGCCCCACCUGGCGUCCGGCAGCCAUGGCCACAGCAAUCUGCCUCCGCAUUUGUUAGAGAGACUGGCCCCUUCCUUAGGACACUUGCCGUCUCCUCUUUCACCCCUGAGUCCUGCAUUGAGUCCCCUGGGAAUGUCCCUGGGGGGGACGCCUCACGCCGAUGACUGCGUCAAGGUGUGUGCCACCCGCCGGUUGCCGGCCCAUACACGCUACCUGCCUUUCAGCGGAACCGUGAGAGCAGACAAGCUUCCUCUCACGCCCUGUCUUCCACCGAUGGACCCUCGACUACGAUACGGUGGCUACGACGAGGUGUGCGAGCGGCCGACGGGCCGGGUGAGGCUUUGCAACUGGGUGAGGUUCGUUGGGUAUUCCGCCCACUUCACCCCUCAGGUCAACAUGGUUGCAUCGAAGGUCAGAGGGUCGGUUAUCUUUGAAGUGGUGCGAGAGGUGACCCCGGGCGAGAGGCUUUUGGCCUUCUUCCUUCCGGACAUGUCCGGCGACGACACGCUUCUCCUGCCGGCGCUGACGCUUCUCAGGUCUUCCCUCUACCGACGCACCAUGGACUCCAUCAUGGCCGAGGCGCCGCUCGACCUCUCGCGUUCCCUCCUCACCUCGCCCCCGUCCCCGCCUCCGUCGGCGGAGCGCCUGACCUCCAGCGGCGGUGGGACUCUGAAGAGGAAACCCGAGGACCACUCGCCAAUCAGAUCUCCAUCGCCGGUGCCCUUAUCGCCGAUCCCCAACCAUUCCUCCUCCCCAACCAGCACCAGCAUUCCUCAUCACUUUCCGUCCCUGCCCCCCUCCCCUUUCUUCCCGAUGAGGCGGCCGUCGUCAGUCAGGCUGGGUCUUCGGGAUCUGGAGUCCAGCAGGAUGCCUCCCAUGUCUCUCAGCCUGACCCCGCCGACGUCGUCGUCAGGAUUCUCCAACAGCAGCCUCCCGGAAAGCAGGACUUCCUCCGCCACGCGUGUUCUCUCGGCCAAUAUUCACAACAACGACGCCCCCCUCUCCCUGGGGCCUCCAAAGAGGCGGGAAAGGACGAUGCUGCCCUGCAGCGAGUGCGGGAAAGCCUUUGACCGCCCCUCCCUCCUGAAGCGGCACAUCCGAACGCACACGGGAGAGAAACCUCACGUCUGCGACGUCUGUGGCAAGGGCUUCUCCACGAGCUCCUCCUUGAACACCCACAGGAGGAUCCACAGUGGGGAGAAGCCCCACCAGUGUGGUGUUUGCGGGAAGAGGUUCACAGCCUCUUCCAAUCUCUACUACCACAAGAUGACCCACGUCAAGGAAAAGCCUCACAAAUGCUCCCUCUGCACCAGGUCAUUUCCCACUCCAGGUGACCUCAGGUCACAUAUGUUUGUCCACAAUGGACAGUGGCCUCAUAAAUGCUCAGUCUGUGGCAAAGGAUUCUCCAAACUGACAAACCUGAGGAAUCAUGCGCUUCUUCAUGCUGAAAUGAAGAGAACCGAACGCCACCUGACGGCGAUUCCGCCGAGCUUGACAUCACCGCCUUCCACCAGUAGCUCGGACACUGCUCUCACCCCACCUGCGGGAUACGCCCCCCCGCCGUACUCGUCCUUCACGCCAUCUACCUCUCGAGAUUCGCCUUCCUCCGAUAACCUCCCUUCGCCCUCCACCUCCCAGCUGUCACAAAGCCCCCCUCCCUCUUCCCCCUCGAGAUCCAUCGUGCUGAGCUCCUCCUCCUCCUCCUCCUCCCCCUCUCCAGUCCCAACAGCCCAGCCCCGUCGGAGAAAAUGAACGAUGAGGAAAGGACAGACCAGAAGACGUCGUCGUCAGCAGACAACGUGAGACGUCCUCUUCCCCCAAGCGACUUGAAAAGCGAUUCUCUCUCCGUCUUACAAAAUGACGCGGUGCCCCCUGAAAGAAGAGACACUGAGCGGGAACCAGACGAGAAUACGCAGAGCUUGUCCCCAACCGGAGGCUUCCAAGCGAACACCUCCUCUCCUACGAAGACCAUCAUAUCGUCGUCUCCCACCUCACUGCUGGCCCCGAAGAAGACUCCCGCCCCGAAGCUCUCCUUCUCCCUCGACAGCCUCCUGGGCACCAGAUGCCGGGAGGAGAAAAUGACUUCGGGUCCAGUGGACACUGUUUCCAAAGGAGAGGAGAAAGAAGUGGACGAAGAAGGGACGGGUUUGAAGGCAACAACGAGGACCCCAGACGGAGAGAGUGGUCAAGUUCAUAGUACAACGGGUGACAGCGCCGAGGCUAAUAUGCAGGGAGCGGAAAGGUAGCGACUGGAUGUAGAUAAUAUUAUGUAAAAAGAUUGUUAUUUUUAUUAUUAUUACUAUUACCAUUAUUAUUAUUAUUAUUAUUUAAAUAUCGUUUUAUAGAUGUCUCUUAUAGCUUUACUGUACACUUCUCAAGCUUUAACUUAGACUAGAAAUGUUUGAUAGAUGUUCUUGUUUAGAUUGGGUGCAACGUUUCCGAUGUGCGAUGCUGCAAUUCAUUGUUACUACUCCUCCUCUUGAACCAAAAACUUCAGACUGAAAUGGCUAAAGCUAACGGACGACUCGAUUGUUCUUCUGCCGCAGGUUAUCGUCCUCAUCAUCGUUACAAACCGCGCUAGAAAAUUACACAGAAAAUUACAUACGUACAUACAUUCCUACAUCCAUAUUUAUAUACAUAUAAAUAUAUCCAGAGAGUAAUACUGUUAUAUAUUCAAACACAU